CCACAAAGUCGAAAACAAACCUGCCUAAGCUCGCGCCUAGAAACUACAUCUUUGUUUUCAACAGCACGAGCGUUGCAUAUUCAAAUUCACUUCCGUUGACAUUUUACACGAUUAACAGGACGAAACCGUCGAAUUUCAAUAUCACAGCAUAUCCAACAGCCUUUAUAAUACAAUAUGUCUGCCGCUGACGCCACUGAGCCCAAGGUCGAGGAGACCAAGGCCCCCGUUGCCGCUGAGGAGAAGCCCACCUCUUCUGCCGUCUUCUCCAUGUUUGGCGGUGGUGCUAAGAAGGAGAAGAAGGACGAUGAGGACCGUGGUGACGUCUCUGGCAGCGCUAAGGCUCAGCGUGAGGCUGCCGAUGCCGCCAAGGGUGAUGAUGAGGAUGAGGCCCCCGAGUCUGAGGAUGUCCACUUCGAGCCCGUCAUUAAGCUGACCGAGAAGGUCGAGACCGUCACCAACGAGGAGGCUGAGGAGCAGCUCUUCAAGAUGCGUGCCAAGCUCUUCCGCUUCAUCUCUGAGAGCAGUGAGUGGAAGGAGCGCGGUACUGGUGAUGUCCGUUUCCUUCGCCACAAGGAGAACAAGCGCACUCGUCUUGUCAUGCGCCGUGACAAGACCCUCAAGGUCUGCGCCAACCACUACAUUGUUCCUGAGAUGAAGCUCUCUCCCAACGUCGGCUCUGACCGCUCUUGGGUCUGGAACGCCGCUGCCGAUGUCAGCGAGGGUGAGCCCGAGGCUGUUACUCUCGCUAUCCGCUUCGGCAGCAUUGACAACGCCCAGCUCUUCAAGGAGGCUUUCCUCAGCGCCCAGAAGGAGAACGAGCAGCUCUUCGCUGCCGCCGCUACCAAGGAGGAUGAGAAGGAGGAGAAGGAAGACGAGAAGAAGGAAGAGUAAACCAAGUCUCUUUGUUUUCCUUUUUACGAACAUGAAGGAGCUGGCUCGCCUUGGCUGGAUGAAACAUUAGAUCAUUCCGCAGCUCGAUAGUUCCCCUUAACGACUCACGCCACAUCACCGACAUGAUAUAUUCGCACGCACCUCGGGCAGCUUUUUAUUCAGCACAUGGUUGGUUGGCUCAAAAAGCUGUCCGUCCACCACUGCAUUCAUGCCCUCCCAUCAUCAUAUUCCCCCUUUUCCCCAACGGUUCUUACGUCUGGCUGCUACUGCCACUGCUGCUGCUCUUCUCUUACGAGGCUGGGCUUGGCUUCUUGGGUUGACUUUGUUUUUAGUUUGUUUUACUAUACUGGAGGGGGAAAAAAUCUUUGCGAUUAUUCUUUUUUUAAAAGGAGAAAGAGGAAGGAAACAGGACCUCAAAAUAAAGCAUAAGCAAGGAACACAAGACCAGCAAUGCAAAUCAAGAGACAGGAGAGAGCAAGCAUAGAAGCAACGCGUAUUAGACACCAACGUCACAGCACACAGACUCCCUCCUACCCACUACCCACACACCAACUUCAUAGUUUUAUUUAAUAAAAAACUUAGCACGUUAACAAAAAAAAAGUA